AUCCGUUUACGUUGCAAUUAUUUGGCAGUUGCCAGCCAAGGCAAUUCGUUUUUGCCAAUCUGAAAAAUUGGAGCUUUGAUACUUGCAGAGAUGGGGUUCGCAAAGAAAGAGUAUGAAUUUCUGGCUGAGAUCGGUCUGGGACCCGAGAAUCUUGGUGGGUACGUAAGUGGUGCAUGGAAAGCAACUGGGUCGGUUGUCUCCUCUGUGAAUCCUUCAAACAAUCAGACAAUUGCUAAAGUCACGGAGGCAUCUAUUCAAGAUUAUGAGGAGGGAAUGCGUGCUUGCAAUGAAGCGGCCAAGAAAUGGAUGAGUAUUCCUGCACCAAAGAGAGGUGAAAUAGUAAGGCAGAUAGGAGACGCACUAAGAGCCAAAUUGGAGCUUCUGGGUAGGCUUGUGUCGCUUGAGAUGGGAAAGAUUCUUCCUGAAGGAAUUGGCGAAGUUCAAGAAAUUAUUGAUAUGUGUGAUUAUGCUGUUGGGUUAAGCCGACAGCUGAAUGGAUCUGUCAUACCUUCAGAACGACCAGAUCAUAUGAUGCUUGAGGUGUGGAAUCCGCUGGGAAUAGUCGGUGUUAUUACUGCUUUCAACUUUCCAUGCGCUGUUCUUGGAUGGAAUGCCUGCAUUGCUUUAGUCUGCGGUAACUGUGUUGUGUGGAAGGGUGCUCCAACAACUCCAUUGAUAACUAUUGCUGUAACAAAGCUUGUGGCAGAAGUUUUUGAGAAGAACAACUUGCCUGGUGCAAUAUUUACCUCGUUCUGUGGAGGUGCUGAAAUUGGUCAAGCAAUAGCAAAAGAUGCACGCAUAGCGCUGGUCUCAUUCACUGGAAGUUCAAAGGUAGGUUUGAUGGUCCAACAAACGGUAAGUGAAAGAUUUGCGAAAUGCUUGCUUGAAUUAAGUGGGAACAAUGCCAUAAUUGUCAUGGAUGAUGCCGAUAUCGGGCUGGCUGUGCGUUCUAUUUUGUUUGCAGCUGUUGGUACAGCUGGUCAGCGCUGCACAACGUGCCGUAGACUGUUUCUGCAUGAAAGCAUAUAUCAAAAGGUAUUGGAUCAACUAAUCGUAGUUUACAAGCAAGUCAAAAUUGGGGACCCUUUGGAGAAAGGAACUCUCGUUGGACCAUUACAUACUCAGGCCUCCAGGGACAACUUUGAGAAAGGGAUUUCAAGCAUAAAAUCUCAGGCAUGUCUUGGAGGAAAAAUCCUGGUAGGUGGUUCAGUAAUAGAGUCAGAUGGAAAUUUUGUACAGCCAACGAUUGUCGAGAUCUCUCCAGGUGCCUCUGUAGUGAAAGAAGAAUUGUUUGGUCCAGUUCUAUAUGUUAUGAAAUUUAAGACUCUAGAAGAAGCCAUUGAAAUGAACAAUUCUGUACCACAAGGAUUGAGUAGUUCAAUAUUCACUCGCAAGCCUGAAGUUAUAUUUAAAUGGAUUGGGCCACACGGCAGUGAUUGUGGAAUAGUAAAUGUGAACAUACCUACCAAUGGAGCUGAGAUUGGUGGUGCUUUUGGUGGAGAAAAGGCAACUGGUGGCGGUCGUGAAGCAGGAAGCGACUCCUGGAAGCAAUACAUGCGACGCUCAACAUGUACAAUCAAUUAUGGAAGUGAACUACCGUUGGCUCAGGGGAUCAAUUUUGGAUAAUUAGAAGGCUUCUCAGUUCUCAGUGAGUUGCAAUUGCUGUCUGCCAUGACAUGGUAUCUCCGUUUCACAUGGAGGCUCCAGAUACAUCCAACAAAAUCUGCUGUCAAGCUCGUGCCUCUCCUGCCACUUUUAAUGCGUUCCAAAAAAACAAAAGAACAAACAAAGGAGAUUUUAGGUGUUUGAUAAAGAACUGGUCUUAUUUCUAGUUCUAAAAAUAAAAGCAGUUUUAGAAUAA